CUUAGGGUUGGGGGUCGAGGCGCUGGGGACCCUGACGCCUGGGCUGAGGUGCUAAUAACUGGUAGCUCGGUGCUGGGAGGGGUGAGGAGGAGGGAUAUCCCUGAGUCCCAGAGCGGUGUUUGGCCUGCAGAGGCCACGUCAGGGAGACCCCCAGUCUGGCCGGGGGGCAUUUGGGCUGGGACUGCAGCUGAUGCCUGGGUCCUGAGAGUAGGCCUGGGGUCGGACACCUGGCGAGGGGAGGAGGGGAAGGGACAGAUGUGUGCCUGCGCGUAGGGGGUGGGGGAACCUCAGGAGUGCUGGAGAGGGGUAAUAUGCCAGGAAAGCCCCGUGUGUUCCCUCCCUCCUGCGCCCUGGAGCCCCUGAACUGCGGGCCCUGGCGGCCCUAGGGGAGUGCCACCAGGCUCCCAUCCCCAAAGCCAGGCGGGAAGUAAACAGAAACCUGGAGUGGCUGGGCGGGCGGCAGUGCUGGCACAACCUGUUACCUCGCCGGCCCGCCCGCCCGCUCGCUCGCUCAGGGCCUGGAAACUGGGGGACUGGGGCCAGCAAUCCAGAAGGGGUGGGCUGAGGGUUCGGGCACCUAAGUUCAGAAGGAUGGGGACCUGAAAAAAUAGGAAAACAAGGGCCAGGAGGGCUGGGGGGCUGGUAACUUGGGCCUGGGCUUCUGGAAGGGGAGGGUGCUGGAUUUCUGGGGGCUAAGGGCUCAGGACAUGUAAGUUCCCAAGGCCCUGUAUUCUUGGGAGAAGAGGCUGGACUCAUCGCAGAGUCCUGAGUCCCAAGAACCUGGGCUCUGGUAAGAGUUUCCCAGCUGUUUACCCUGGGGACAUUAACGGAGCUGGACAGCCAAGACACAGAUCAUUAACCCUUCAUGGCCCAGGGAGGCCCUGGCUGCAGGACCGAGAGGGCCAGUAAGGCAGACCUUCCUGUCCCCACAGACACUGCAGGCACCAUGAGCUCCCCAGAAGGGCCCAGCUUCCCAUCCGGGCUGCUCUCCGGGGGCACCUCCCCCAGCGGCAAUGAGGGCUUCUUCCCCUUCAUGCUGGAGCAGCGGGACUCAUUCCUGGGAGGGGGCCCAAGGCCUGAGGAGCCCGAGGACCUGGCCCUGCAGCUGCAGCAGAAGGAGAAAGACCUGUUGUUGGCCGCAGAGCUUGGCAAGAUGCUUCUGGAGCGCAAUGAGGAGCUGCAGCGGCGGCUGGAGAUGCUGAGUGCCCAGCACUCUGAGCAUGAGGAACAGCUGCAGCAGGAGAACUAUGAGCUCCGCCGAGGCCUGGCAGCCCGGGGAGCUGAGUGGGAGGCCAGGAUUGUGGAGCUGGAGGGGGACGUGGAGGCCCUUCGGGCCCAGCUUGGGGAGCAGCGUUCCGAGCAGCAGGAUAGCGGACGGGAGCGGGCGCGCACCCUCAGUGAACUCAGUGAACAGAACCUCCGGCUCAGCCAGCAGCUGGCCCAGGCCUCCCAGACUGAGCAGGAGCUUCAGAGAGAAUUGGAUGGCCUUCGGGGGCAGUGCCAGGCUCAGGCCUUGGCUGGGGCAGAGUUGAGGACACGGCUGGAGUGUCUGCAGGGGGAGAAUCAGAUGCUCCAGACUCGCCGACAGGACCUGGAGGCCCAGAUUCGAGGUCUGUGUGAGGAGGUGGAGAAGGGCCAGGGCAGGCUACAGGCAACCCAUGAGGAGCUGCUGCUGCUACGGCGGGAGAGGCGGGAGCACAGUCUGGAGCUGGAACUCGCGCGCUCCGAGGCGGGGGAGGCACUGAGUGCGCUGCGGAGGCUGCAGCGGCGGGUCUCGGAGCUGGAGGAGGAGUCGCGCCUCCAGGACGCCAACAUCUCGGGAGCCUCGCUGCAGUUAGAGCUUGCCCAUAGCCUCGACAGCGACAAGGACCAAGACCAGAACGCGGACAGACGCGGAGAUGCUCUGGCCACUCUGUCCCCGGAGACCCAAGAGGCAUCCAGCCACCAGCCUUCGCCCCAGGAGCAGAGCUUGGAGCCUCCCAGGAAGCGAGCAUCCCUGAGCCCAGCGGAGAUACUGGAAGAGAAGGAGGCGGAAGUGGUCCGGUUGCAGGAUGAGAUGGCGCUGCAGGGGGAAGAGCUACGGUCCCUGCGGGAGGAGCUGCAAAGGCAGAAGGAACUGCGGGCGCAUGAGGAUCCCGAGGAGGUCUUAAGCGGCGCCCUCUCGGAUCGGGACGAGGCCGUGAACAAGUCCCUGGAACUGUCCCUGGAGCUCAGCCGCGUUUCUCUGGAGCGGGACUCCCUCUCCCGGGAGCUGCUUCGCACCAUCCGCCAGAAGGUGGCGCUGACGCAAGAGCUGGAGGCCUGGCAGGACGACAUGCAGGUGGUCAUCGGACAGCAGCUGCUAUCACAACGCCAGAAAGAGCUGAGUGUGGCUGGAUCCGCCCCGAGCCGCGCCCCGCCGCGCUUCUCGCUGCGCCUGGGCCCUGGGCCCGCCGGCGGCUUCUUCAGCAACCUCUUCCGAAGGACCUGAGCGCCCGGUCAAGGGGGCCACCUUUGCCCUCUUUGGCUCACUUUCCUCUUCUGGCCAACGGAGCGACGGGCCCCGACUGUCUGCCAAAGGCGGCUGGUGCCCUCUCCACCCCGAGAGGCUGGGCAAGGGCUCACCGGGAGCAGGGGCCAGCUUUGGGGGCCAGGGACCCCAGGUGGGUGGCAGGGGCAGGUGUGGCAGAGCUGUUUUUCAAAUCUAUAUAGGUCUAUCUUUUCCAGGGACUAGGCCCCCUGGCCCCCAGCAUACUCCAGGACAGGGGUGAGGGUAGGUAUUUAUGUAUUAAGAUCAGACAGAGUAAUAUAUAAAUCAUUGCACCGA